UGAAAGAAAAAAUGUUCUAUCAAGAUUCAAAACCAUUCUCCAUGAAGCCAUGUUUUUAUCAUUGUUCAGAAACUCAAUCACCAUUUUACUAUGGGAUUAUUGCCCCCUUUCUCUCUCUCUUUGCUGAUGUCACUUUCUUUCUUUCUUGUUGUUAAAAACUCCUCUUCAUGCUUUGUUUUCUAACUUCCCUGAGCACAAGGACACACCCAGAGAAAGUUAAAGACAGAGAAAGAGGAACAAACUAGGAGCUUCAGUUUCUAGCUUCCAGCUACCUUCAAGUUCAACAAGAUUAAAAAAAAACUAUAUUUUCCUUGGAUCAGAUAACUGAUUUGGUUAGCCAUGAACAACAGUGCUCCUGAUUGGAAUUUUGGGAGUGAUACCUGUCUCACCAACCAAAAGAAACCCAUAGGGAUGGACAAUGAUCUUGUGGAGAUCCUUUGGCAAAAUGGCCAGCUAGUAUUGCAGAGCCAAGCACAUAAGAAAUCAGUUGUGAAUUCUAUCGCCUCAAGACAGGUUAACAAAAAAUUUCAACCAACAUUGAGGACUAGUGAUCCAUUUGGGAUGAUCCAAGAUGAUGAGACAAUCUCAUGGAUCCAAUACCCUCCGGACCAUUCGCUGGAACAAGAAUUAUGUUCAGAACUUUUAUCUGAACUGCCUCUCUGUGAAGUUGAGUCUUACAGGCAAAUCAGGCAAUUUGGAGAUGCAAAGUUUUCCAAAUUGGAUGAUUCCAGUAUGAAACCCUCCUGUGUUCAGGAAUUCUCAGGAAUUCCUAUGCCUGCUCCAAAAUUUCAUGCUUCUGAUUCAUAUCAGAAAAACAAGGUCCAAAACUUUCCCCACUUUUCAGCACUCCCUAUUGUUUCUACAGCAUCUGCUAAUGCACAUUUGAGAGACAAAAUUGCUGGUAAUAAUGUGUCAAAAGGUGAGAUUAGAGAGUGCUCAGUGAUGACGGUUGGUUCGAGUCACUGCGGAAGCAAUCACAUCCCUCAAGAUCCUGAUAUAAGCAGGGCUUCAAGCAAUGGUGCUUGGACUACUACUUUAUCUGCUGAGCCUGAAGCUGGUAGAGAUGAUGUCCAUAGAACAAUUCCGCAGUGUGAGAAAGGAAAACCGGAGAUGCUUGAACCAACUAUGACUUCAUCUUCAGGGGGCUCAGGCGGUAGUAGUCUUGGAAAAACUUGUUCCCUAUCUACAAGAAGCCAGGGCGAAAAAAGGAAAGGGAUUGAUGUGGAAGAACAAAGUGAGGACACAGAACUCAAAUCAGCUGUUGGAAAUAAAGCAUCUCGGCGAGCAGCGUCAGCGCGAAGGAACCGUGCUGCUGAAGUGCAUAAUUUGUCAGAAAGGAGAAGAAGAGAUAGGAUUAAUGAGAAGAUGAGGGCAUUGCAACAACUCAUACCUCACAGUAGCAAGACAGAUAAAGCAUCAAUGCUAGAAGAGGCGAUCGAAUACUUGAAAUCACUUCAGUUACAGCUUCAGGUAAUGUGGAUGGGAACUGGCAUGACACCAAUGAUGUUUCCAGGAAUUCAGCACUAUAUGUCACAAAUGGGAAUGGGAAUGGCUACACCUCCUUUUCCUCCAAUUCACAACCCAAUGCAGUUACCAAGAGGGCCACUCGAUCAAUCCAUAGCAGCAUCUCAGACCCCAAACCAGUCAUUAAUGUCCCCAAAUCCUAUUUUGGGUGCCUUUAACUACCAGAAUCAGAUGCAAAAUCCAGCAAUUUCAGAGCAAUAUGCGCGUUACAUGGGCUAUCAUCUUAUGCAAAAUGCCUCUCAGCCAAUGAAUAUGUAUAGAUAUGGUCCCCAGUCAGUGCAACACAGCCAAACAAUGAUUCCACCCAGCAAUAGCAGUGGAUCCAUGAGUGGAGCAGCUAGCAUUGAUGAUCCUGUGAGUGGAAAAAUUGGUGCAUGUCACCAUGUGGAACGCUGAUGAAUCCUUUUCUUCAACAAUGACUGGUUCUUUGACUAGGGUUAGUUAGUUAAGAAGCAUGCUUACAAGAACCUAUGGUGUAUCUCACAAGAUGAUAGAACCCUUCGUAUGUUUUCAGAGUUCUUCCACCUUUAACCAAAUAGCAGCACCUGAAACAUUUAUAAUUGGAGGGUUUGUGCAAUGGAUCAUGAGACAGAGCCAAGAUAUACUCGAAACUAGUCAUGUCUAAUGUAGAUUUUGUUGUCUAACUAAGAGAAAUUGUAGCAGAUAGGUCCAUCAUCAUGGGCCAGUUUUGUUCUGAGCUCUUGUAUGUUGUCCCAUCAGAUAUAGCACUAUUAUUCAUUGUUUGUAAUUGUAGAUCCAGAAAGUAACAUGAUAAUUACUUUCUUUGGCUUAAAAAGUAAAUCAUUCAGUCUGAAUUUCUCAUGAGAACAAUUAUUUUGCUCAAAUCUGUGAACUAUUUAAAAAGAAUCUUGAGAUUCAUAUUUUCUA